UGAGUGCAACUUUUCUGUGAAACAGCUUUUGGUAUAACUGUUGCUAAGUGUUAAAGUUAUUUACUUGCAACUUAUAAGGAUCAACAGGAGAUCAUGGAGUUACAAUAACUGAUUCCAUUGAAUGUCUAAGUAGGACUCUUCACCAGAAAAUCCCUGAUGAAACACUGAGCACUGCCGAUUUCAGUAUCUUCAAAAACAUCUUAGUUUUGAAGAGAGGGGAUUUCCACAAUGAGAGAUCGAUUGGAAGAGCUGCAUCAGACAGCUCAGGAGUCGUCAGGGCCAACAGCCGGCCCUACCAAUCCUUUCUCAGAGGAGGGUGAUGAUGAUGAAUCUGUGGAAGCUGGGACCAUUACGCAGCAGGCCGUGGUGUUUGAGGAGGAACCAGUCAUUCAGAAUUUCCUCUCCGAGGCUCAGCAAAUCAGAGAUGACAUCUCAACACUUGAAACAGAGGUCCUGAAGUUCUGUCAGCAGCAGAAGACCCUGGUGGCAUCCAUGCGUCGCUUUAGCGUGAUGAAGAAAGAGAGCAGCAUAACACGGGACAUCAAGCUGCAGGCCGAAAGCCUCCACCGCCGUUUAGACGCCCUUUCAAAACAAGCCCAAAGAACUGAAGACCAGCUGGGAACGAAUGCUGUCGCAGUGAGAAUACAACGCUCCCAGCAUGCAGCUCUGCAUCGCAGAUUUCAGCAGGUGAUGCGCCAGUAUAAUGAAGGUCUGCUGACCAAGCAGGAUCGUUGUAAGCACUUCAUUAUGCGGCAGCUGGAGAUAUUGGAAAAGAAUGUAACAGAGGAGGAGGUGAAUGAGAUGGUCGCCACAGGAAAUUGGGAGGUGUUCAACGAGAACUUGCUAAAUGAUGUCAGAAUCACACGGUCACAACUGUCUGAGAUCGAACAGCGACACAGGGAACUCUUGAGCCUGGAGAACAAUAUGAAAGAACUAAGAGACCUCUUCAUGGACAUCUUCAUGCUUGUAGAGGAACAAGGGGCUGACAUUGAACACAUCCAAACUAAUGUUGAGCGAACACAAGAUUACAUAGCUGUAACUAAUGAGAAGUUCAAGGCUGCUGCAAGAUAUAAAAAGAAGAACCCGAUUCGACAGCUGUGCUGCUGCUGUUGUCCUCCCUGGAGAUGCUGCAUGUGAAACAAGAGCAUUUUGUGCCUGAGAGUUCGUUCCAAAUAGGGUUUUAUUUCAAACACUCAUGGCUAACUUGGAAGUCAGCAACACAAGUGACAUUAAAAGGAAGGUAAAGGUGUCGAAGUUGUUGCUGCUGCUAAAAAAGAGCAAUGGUGAGUAGAGACGCAGCAGAGCACAGAAAACAAUUAAAGAGGAGGGCAGGAAUUGCUGUGGGAAGGUACUUGUUUCUUUCAGGAGGAGGUGAAGCGACUGCGAUUGGAAGAGACAGUUCAGUGAGUUCUACUCACCAACAUUGUUGCUUAUUGGAGACCUUCACUGUCAUCUGACAGAGGUCACAAACAAGAGGAGGCUACUGACACUGCUGGAUCAGCAAAAGUAAUAUUCCAGCCCUUCUUCCUGAAAAGUAAAGCACUGUUUUCCCCCUCUGCCAUAAGAAUCCUAAUGGGGAUAGAAUUGUUUUUUCAAAACAUGCACUUUGCAGGAUUCACUUUUCAUUUUGUGAGGCAUGAAGAAAGAUUUUCUCAUAAUGAGGAGAAUUUUAUUUUCAGAAAAAAAUUAUAUUUUGCAUACAUUUUAUUUUUGGCAAUGUAUUGAUUUAAAAAAUACAUUAGAACAUGUAUUGUAUUUCAAGUCCUAAUUAUUCUUAAUUAUAUUUUGUAUUAAUUUAUGCAGUUUUAUGUGAGCAGAAUACAAAUAUUUUAGGCAUGACAAAAACCUUUGAAUGUUGCUAAAUUUAGUAGUCACCGGCCCUUUAAAUUAAAUGUAAUACAUCAUUUU